CUGCAAAACAAAAAGAACCCUAAAAAAAGGCAAAACCAAAAAAUAAUACUACACACUAUCAUCAUAAUCAUAAUCAUAAUCAUUAUCAUAAUCUGAUCUUCUACCAAAUAAUUAUAAUGGCAUUCGCUGCAGCUGCAAUAUCAUCUAAUGUAGCUUUCCAGUUCCCCAAUUCUCGUAUUUCUCACCACAAAAUUACUUCACUUCCCAAUCACUCUCUAUCCUUAUCCUUCCUCAGGCUUUCUACUAGUUGUCAUAAUUAUCGCUUUAAUCAAAGAAAUAUUACAUGUUCUGCAUCCUCUGCGGCUUCAAGUUCAGACAAUGAUUUUAACCCAUACGAGGUACUUGGUGUGAACCCUAUUGAGGGGUUUGAUAUGGUCAAAGCGGCUUAUACACGAAAGCGUAAGGAUGCCGAGAGGAGAGGCGAUGAGGCCGCUGCUGCUCGUUUUGAGAAGGCGUACGAUAAACUAAUGAUGGCUCAGUUAUCCAAUCGAAAGAAAGGAGUCACCUUUGGUUCGUUUCAGGUUUCAAAGGAUAUCAAAUACGCCGAUAAGCAACCACUUAUUCCAUGGGGCCCAAGGUUCACCAAGUCUGAAGUGAAGGAUAUUCGGAUUAACAUGGCAAUAUCAGCUGCAUUCAUUGCUUGGAUUGUAUUUGCACGCAAUGCUGAAUGGAAACCUGUCCAGUUUUUAUCCUUCGUAUUCGUAUAUAGAAUCUUUGAAAAGUUGAAAGCAUUUGAACCACCUGUUUCCACUACAUUUACAGAAGAAGGCGAAGACGAAGGGCGCAUGAUGCGGAUGGGGAAACGGUUGUUACGUUCUCUCGCACUGGCAUUUGGAUGCAUAGCUUUUGCAUCUUUGGGAUAUACUGGCAUCGUGAAUUUGAUUGAAUACUUCAGUGGUUAUGUCCCUGUUGCCUUGUAUAACAAUCAGGAAGUCAUUGUCACUGCUGCAACUUCUUUAAGUCUUUACUUCAUGGCUUCAUAUUACAGAUGAGAUCUCAGUUACUCCAGACCGAAUAGCCGUCAAAUUUUGGUAAUUUCAAUCGUAUGUGCGUGGUUUUAACUUGUAAGAGCUAUAGCCUAUAAUCAGGUUGAAGUUAGAUUUAGACUUUAGACCUCUUCUUUAGGCCUGAUCGGGAUAAUACGAAUUUAUAUUUGAGGCCCAUGCUUAAGUCAGCUUGGUUAAUUUAAGAUUACAUAGGGUCCUUGUGCUAUGCAACAGAAUGUAAUAUUGUAUUGUAAACAGGCAAACUGCAUCUCUCAUAUUUCACAAAUUGGUAAAUAACUCGGAGGCUCAUGAUGUCUUCAUACUCUUAUUUAAACAAA